AACAUUUAUCAUGGACCCUUUUCAGUACCAGUUAGUAGUGAAAAACCGCAAAUUAAGCUUUCGAAUAUUUACUAAUAAGCUAUUAAGGAAAGCAUUUUCCAUCAAAAAGCUGGCGACGAAUGAUGACCUGAACGAUGAACUUCAUGUCUGCUAUCAGUUUUUACAAGGGAGAUCUUUGGACAUACUCACAGAAAACAUGAUGCAGAACUUAAAACAAGUUUUUGAACUCCAGCUACUAAAAGCCACAAAUUGGGCCAUGGCACACCUGUUGGCAUUCUGCAGCUCAAUCCUGUUUGAGAUCACAUUUACAACCAUAUAUGGAAAAGGUCUUGCUGAUAAUACAAAGAAAUUUAUUACUGAGCUAAGAGAAGAUUAUUUAAAAUUUGAUGACAAAUUCCCAUAUUUAAUAUCAGACAUACCCAUAGAGCUUCUAGGAAAUGUCAAGUCUAUUAGAAAGAAACUUAUAAAACACUUGACAUCAGAACACUUAGCUAAGAUACGAGGAUGGUCAGAAGUUGUUCAAAUGCGGCAACAUAUCCUGGAGAAAUAUUAUACGCCCGAGGACCUUGAAAUAGGAGCACAUCAUUUAGGCUUUCUCUGGGCCUCUGUGACAAACACUAUUCCAACUAUGUUCUGGGCGAUGUAUUACCUCCUACAGCACCCAGAAGCUAUGGCAGUGCUGCGUGACGAAAUUGACCAUUUGCUGCAGUCAACAGGUCAAGAGAAAGGGUCUGGAUUUACCAUCCACCUCACCAGAGAACAAUUGGACAGCCUGGUCUACCUAGAAAGCACCAUUCUCGAGGUUUUGCGACUCUGCUCAUUUUCAAGCGUCUUUCGUUUUGUUCAAGAGGAUUUGACUAUACGCUCAGAGACACAGGACUACUGUCUGCGAAAGGGGGACUUGGUUGCCAUCUUUCCUCCCGCCUUACACUAUGACCCAGAAAUCUUUGAAGCUCCAGAGGAGUUUAGAUUUAAUCGUUUUGUAGAAGAUGGCAAGAAGAAAACCACCUUUUUCAAAAAUGGAAAAAAGCUGAAGUGUUACCUGAUGCCAUUUGGAUCUGGAACCAGCAAAUGUCCAGGCCGAUUUUUGGCAGUUAUUGAAAUAAAGCAAUUGUUGGUUGUACUUUUAACUUAUUUUGAUUUAGAAAUAAUUGAUGAUAAACCUAUAGAAGCAAACUCCAGCCGUUUUCUGUUCGGUAUUCAGCACCCAGCUUCUGAUGUUUUAUUUAGGUACAGAGUAAAAUCUUAAAGAAGCUGAAAGGAAAGAAAAGAAAUCUAUCAAAACUAACUUAAAUGUCCCCCGCUUGUCGAUUUGUUUUGAAUUUCUGCAAAUGUAAUUGCUUUGUUUGUUUCUUUGUUUCUUUGUUUGUUUAAGAAGUGCCAAUUUAUAUUUGAUCUGUGAUCAGUCCAGUUCGCACUUAGUCACAAAACCCGUCAUAAAAUAAAAUAGGAUGUCGACAUGAAAAUGGACAUCAAAAUAAGCAUAAUGAUAAACUCAAAAUAGCUUUUUUAUGUUUUUCUACAUACUGUGAUUUUCGCCUGUCAUAGUAAAUGUACCACAAUAAAUUUGGCACUGUGGGAUUUUUUAAGUCACUCAAAUUCUUCUCUAAUAUGUAAAACACUUUAUGUACUACUAGAAAUUUGUGCUAGAAAUGGACACAGCCUAACAAAUGCAAAAUUCUCAGAGAAGAAGGAAAUUAAAUUUUCAUGAGAUAAACUGGAUGAAAAUGUUCCCUUCAAGUGUAAUAUCAAUAAUAUCUAUAUCGCCUGGGUACGUUUGUGCUAAAUGAGUUUUGCAGUAGAUUAAAUGCUUCAACUUCACUUCAA